AUGCAUCUCAACUUCCUCUUCAUCCUCUUCGCGGCCACAGCCCUAAAGGCCACCGCGCACCCCGGCCCGCACGAGCCACUCCCUCCGGCAGCCCUCCACCGCCGCACCGAGCUCCUCAAGCGCUGCCCCGGCCACGCCGCCACGUUCAACAAGCGGCGCAUGGCUGCGCGCGACGCUCUCACCAAGCGCUGGGCGGACGGCCACAACCACAACGCCACCGUUGAAAUCCACACCGAAGCCCCCUUCUACGAGACCAUCCAGAACGAGACCUGCGUGCUGACCCCAGAGGUUACGCGGGGCCCCUACGUGUGGCCGCGCUCGCAGACCCUGCGCCAGGACAUGACAGAAAACCAAGCCGGCGUGCCACUGUGGCUCGACGUCGGCGUGCUGGACAUGGCCACGUGCGCGCCGCUGCCCAACGCGCUCGUGGACUUCUGGCACUGCAACGCGACGGGCUCGUACUCGAGCUUCACGGGCCUAUCACCCAACACCCCCUUUGAGGAGCUGUUGAGCGACCUCAACAUCACGGACUAUGAGCUGGGGACGACGGAUCUACAUACCGAUGAGACCACGUGGUUGCGGGGGAUGUGGCCAACCGAUGAGUCGGGGGUCAUGGAAAUGAAAACGAUUUUUCCGGGCUUCUACGUCCAACGGGCAAUCCACAUCCAUGUUCAGGUACACACGGAUUGGACGCUCCGCGCGAACGGGACGAUCACGUCCAGCCACACGGUGAGCACGGGCCAGAUCUACUUUGCUGAGGAGCUGGAGCGCGAGAUCAUGGCGCUUGAGCCGUACGUCUCGCAUACCCAGAUCAAUCGCACUACCAACGUAGAGGACUCCAUUUUCUCGCAGGAUACGGAGGGCGGGUAUAACCCGGUGAUCUCCGUGGUGCCGGCUGACGGCAAGGAUGUGAGGAAUGGGAUGAUCGGAUAUAUUACCAUCGGGGUUGAUACUUCGUCGAUUGAGCGGUUUAGCAAAGGGGAUGUGGAUUACGGGUUGUAG